AUGUUGCUGUCUUCCCUGACUCUAAACGACGCGAUUUUGUUCUUCGCCUUCCUGUAUUCCUCGUCGGACAUCUUCAUCGACUGGGAAAGUUUUGAAUCGUGCGUCAAGCCGAUCCAGUAUUGGCUUCUCAUCUCCUACGCGUCCAUCAUCACUUUCCGCCUCUCCCACUAUCUCGGCCAGUGUCUGUCGGAGGAUGGAGAAGACUUCAUUCUCUAUCGCCAGAGAGGGCCGCCCUUCUGGGUGAAUGUCCUCAUUCUUGGAAUCCUCUUCCCCUUUUUCUUCUGCUGGACAAUUGUCGGGACAGUCUGGUUCGCUCAAGUCCAAAGCCAAACGCCACAAUGUCUGCCGCGCGGCAGUCAUCCGUGGUUCUUUGUCUUCUGGCUAGUUCUCUGCUACGUUUGGAUCGUCAUCUACAUCCUCUUCAUCGCGAUUGCGGCGGUUUUUGAAUAUCGCGCCCGCCGCGCAGAACAGGAGUUCCAGAUUUUGCAAAACGAGGACAUGCUUACAAGGUGGGGACGGAUCAACGUCUUCGCGCAGUACGGCAUCCACAUUCUCCGUAAAGGUUUGACUACAGACCAAAUCCAGCGUCUCCCGCACGAGAAGCUGGCGACCGUCCCCGUGGACCAGCCCGCGUGCUCCAUUUGCCUCGACGACUUUCGAGCCGGAGACGACGUGCGGGUGUUACAAGCCUGCAGCCACCUCUUCCACAGAAGUUGCAUCGACAUUUGGUUGCUGCGAAACGCGAUUUGUCCCAACUGCAAGAGCGCAAUUUACUGCGUGGGUGGGGCAGGGCGCGAGGAGCCUUGCUGCAGGAUCCAUGACGGCGAGAGGUUCUUCUCCGCCGAUGCAGAUGUGUGGCCUUCGGAGGAGCCUUUCAGGUGGAGCGCCUCUGAUGGCGGCGCCGACGAGCACGCAUGCGAAGACGGAGAAGGUCCAGGGAUCCUUCCCCAAAGUCGCGUGUGA